CUCAAGCUGCCUCGGAAAUCCCAGUAUGAAUCCUUACUGCAAGCUGCUGGUUUGGACUUUGGCUCUUCAUCUAUUUGGUCCGAGUUGUGUUUGCGGGGCCCCAGCAAGGUCCGCUGCCAAGGCAUUCUCCCGAAGAACGAGUCCCCGUCGACUCGCGGUAACCGCGGAUCCUACCGACGUGUUGAUCAUUCCCCUGGUAUCGGAUCAAGAUGCGGAGAUUUUCCUCGUCGGGCUCGGGUACAACGAAGAAGACGCCAAGAGUGAAUCCGUAGUGGACGCCAGGUUGUCCGACUCGGAUGUGCGAUCGCUGACCGAGCUGAUCCGUAAAUUCCAGGAGGAUAACGGCCUGGAGGUGAACGGAAUCUUGGAUGACGAAACGAAGCUUGCGAUCGGAUCGCCACACUGCGGCUUUCGGAAGGAAGCGGCCAAGCUGUCCGGCGGAGACGUGAUGAAGUGGAACAAGCACUCGCUUACCUACCGGAUUCACAAUUUUCCCCAGGGUAAGCGAUCCGCGAUCAUACGAGCAACGCUGACUCGGGCGUUCAUGGAGUGGAGCAAGGUGACGCCGCUGGACUUUACCGAAGUGAACGAUACGGAUGCGGACAUUGAGGUUUCAUUUGGAGGUCGAACGCAUCAGCAGCGGGGCGACUUUUGUGUCUUUCCGGAUCCGAAAACACUCGCCCAUGCGUUCUUUCCGGAGGAGGGUGAUAUUCACUUCAACACGAAGUACUUUUUCGAAGAUGACGACAUCAAGCUGGAGGACUUUAUGGAUACGGCGUUGCACGAGAUUGGUCACGCUCUCGGGCUGGAGCACAUCAACUCGAAGGCCUCGCUGAUGCAUCCGACGGAGAGCAACCAGUUUACGGAACCGCAACCGAUCGACGUGGAGCGUAUUCAGGAGAUUUACGGUUCCAGGAGGGAGGGUCGAAUGGUGCGUAAAAUUGGUCCCAAGCUGUGCACUUUGAGCAAGAUCGAUGCUGGGAUUGACGAUGCCGACGGGAAUCGGUAUCUGUUUGUCGGGGAAUACUACUACGAUCUUGGUGAAAACAGACCCAAGGGCAGGCUGAUCUCGUCCAAGUGGCCAGGGCUGCCAGGGAACAUUGACGCAGCGGUUCGGUACAUUGACGAGAAGAGUUACUUCUUCAAGGGUGAUAAGGUGUGGCGCUUUAAGGGCACCCGACUGGAGUCCGGAUAUCCACGGUUGAUCAGUAAGGCAUUCCCGGGAAUUCCCAGCAACAUCGAUGCCGUCCUGGUCGAUGGAGAGGGGGACUUGUAUGCGUUCAAAGGUGGCAAGUACUGGAUCUAUGAUGUUUCGCAGAAGAAGGCUGAACGCGUGUCGAAGGGUUCGGUGGAGUCGCUGAAUCUGCCGGACAAGUUGGAUGCAGCGCUGGAUACCGAAAGCUCGAUGAUGGUGUUCAAAGGACAGGACGUGUACGUAUUUCAGGACGACGGAACCUGGGAGGAGGAACCCAAUGUGUGGUUGGGGUGCUGAAAUGUUGCCAAAUUUGCGGACAUUCGAAUCUGUAUGAUGCUAUAGUGAAAAUAAAUAAAUAAUAUAAAACAAAACAA